CGCUGGAGAAGGUUCAGGCUGCUUAUAGAAAACUCUGGAAGUUUCUACAUUGUUUAUAAAGAAAACGAACCGGGAGAAGUGUCCUCAUUCGGGACGGAGGAGUGCUCGCAGCGGUUGCUCUCCAGAUUUCACCAGCUGCCAGUUCCAGUAUCUAGUAGGACGGAAAAUGGGUAAAGACUACUACGACAUUUUGGGAAUUAAGAAAGGAGCGUCGGAGGACGACAUCAAGAAAGCUUAUCGUAAACAGGCGCUGCGCUACCAUCCGGACAAAAAUAAGUCCCCCGGAGCCGAGGACAAAUUCAAAGAGAUCGCAGAAGCCUACGAUGUAUUGAGCGACCCCAAGAAAAAAGACAUCUACGAUCGUUUUGGGGAAGAGGGUCUGAAAGGCGGCGGCCCCAUGGGCGGCGGCGGCGGCGGCACUGGCGGCCCUGGUAAUUUUAGCUACACCUUCCAGGGCGACCCCCACGCCAUCUUUAAGGAGUUCUUCGGCGGACAUAACCCCUUCGAACAGUUCUUCGGCGCCAAUGGAGGCAUGGAUGAGAACAUGGACACCAGCGACCCCUUUGGCCGUUUUGGGAUGGGGCAGGGGGGAAUGGGCGGCUUCCCCCGCUCCUUCAGCUCGGGCGUGGGAGGCAUGGGAGGCAUGGGCGGGAUGGGAGGCAUGGGCGGCAUGGGCGGGAUGGGCGGCCACACCAGCGUGGUGAAGAAGCAGCAGGACCCCGCCGUGGUGCGCGACCUCCCCGUGUCUCUGGAGGAAGUUCUGACGGGCUGCACGAAGAAAAUGAAGAUCUCCCGUAAGAGGCUGAAUCCCGACCGGCGGUCGGUGAGGACUGAGGAGAAAAUCCUGGAGGUGCACGUAAAGAAGGGCUGGAAGGAGGGCACCAAGAUCACGUUCGCGAAAGAGGGCGACGAGAGCCCGACGAACAUUCCGGCCGACGUGGUGUUUGUGCUGAAGGACAAGCCGCAUCCCACGUUCAAGCGCGACGGCUCCGACAUCGUCUACACCGCCAAGAUCUCGCUCAGAGACGCUCUGUGUGGCAGCACGGUCAACGCCCCCACGCUGGACGGCCGGUCGGUCACCGUCUCGUCCACGGAUAUCGUUCAGCCGGGCAUGAAGCGGCACGUCAGCGGGGAGGGGCUGCCCUACCCCAAACGGCCCGAGCGCCGAGGCGACCUAAUAGUGGAGUAUGAGGUCAAGUUCCCGGAACGGCUCAGCCAGAGCGCCCGGGACACCAUCGGCCAGGUCCUCCCUCGGUCCUAAACCAGACGGACAGCCGGACUCGCACUCAGACGCCAGGAAUCUGUUUGGUCCGGGUCAGAUGGAGGUCAAACCUCCCCCAGACAAUAAAGGACGGACUCGCGAGGCAGACCAUCCGGCGUGCGCCGCAGUCGUUUAUAGCGUGGGUUUUCAGAGUGAGAGGCGGGCCGGAGUGCUUCAGGGAGGUCACCCCAGGAAAGGCCUGGGGGUCGGGGGUCAGGGUGG